CUGUAGACGUCCCCGAUAACUGUUUGUUUCCUGAUUUCACUGGAGACACUGGAGACUACAGUAAGUAUCAGGUAAUGCUAGGCGGUAUAGAAGUGCUUGAUCCAUCAUGUUUUUACGGAAGUUCGCUGGGCUUCCAAUUUCCACCGUCAGUCGGGCGUAUAUUUCGCUUGAUUUGUGUAAUACUUGCUAUCUACAGUUUGUCAUGGAAAAAGGGACGCAAUACUUUGGGAUCUUUGCUGAAUUCACCGUGGUUCAUUCGAAGUCCCGAACAAAGAACUAGGCUAAUUGUUAAGCAAGUUCCUCUAAUAUUUUGUCUGAAUAUGACAAUAAACGAGUUGCGUGAAAUCAGAUGGGUAGGGUCAGUAACAGUGGGGACGACAAAUGGUGGUACCGUAAAAAUUCCAGAAUCGUCUUAUAUUGAGCCUCGACCGGCCAAAAGUCAUAUUUUAUCUGGAAUUGAAGCCCUGCUGGAUAGCCGAGUCAACUUCCACCAUCGCCGUAUUUAUUACUUCAUUGUUAUGGUGACUUAUUUGCGAGCAUGGGCUAAAUUACUCAAUUGUUCUGUCGUAUCUGUCGAAUAUUCACUGGCACCAGGAAAUCCAUUCCCUCGUCCUACAGAAGACGUAUUGUAUGCGUAUGCAUAUAUUAUCAAUAAUGCAACACGACUCGGCUUGUAUCUUGUGCUUGCGGAUUUUCGCAGUUGA